AUGACAGACAGCUCAAAGCUGAACCCAGAGGACCGGGAGCGAAUUGCUUCGCUCUUCAGCAAACUUGACGUGGACAAAGAUGGCCGAGUCAGCGUGAGUGAACUAGCCUCCAUAAUCAGAACAGAGCCUCGCCAGGCUGAAGUCGGACAUGAGGCUGCCAAACGGGUUGUUGGUUACGGAAAAUCCAUCAGCACAACUGAAGCCCAACAGACCAUGUCUUUCCAGGAAUUCGUAGACUAUGUGCGUGAUACGGAGACCCAACUGAAACUGGCCUUCCGACAAGUGGAUCGCAAUAAAGACAGCCGAGUGGAUAUUCAGGAAAUUCAGACCGCGAUGCGCGAACUGGGCAUCGAGGUGGGCGAGAAGGAGGCGGCCAGACUGCUGCGCAAAAUGGACAAGGACGGAUCCCUGUCAAUUGACUACGAGGAGUGGCGGGAUUUUCUCCUUCUCUCUGGCAGCUCCAACAUCAAGGAUAUAUUCCAUUAUUGGAGGAGGGCAUCGGCUGUGGAUAUCGGCGAGGGUAUUCUGGUGCCUGACGACUUUACUGAGGAGGAACGGAAGUCCGGAGAGGCGUGGAAAACACUCGUCGCGGGGGGUGAGUGCAGCGACGUCAUGCUGACAGGAUUUUAGACUUUUUGGCUGUGCAGUGCACAUCCAUCCUUUCUUAAAUAAUCGACAAACAGUCUGUAGAAAUUCAAAACAAACUUGGAACAUCAUUUAUCGCAAACCUGACAGUUUAUGACAGGUUUGGGGAAGCAAACUUGAAACAAGGCGCUUAAUUGCUUCUUUCGCAUAAGGCGCGUUUAAAAACUCUUGAGGCCUUUCAAGCCGAAAGGCUUACUUAGUUAAAGUUGCCUUCCCAAGCCAGCUGUCCAUCCCAUUAACAAUGAUGGUUUAGUUGUUUCUGUAGUAUAUGAUUUCUCCGUUACCUUUAUGCAUAUACAAAGCCUAUUAUUUUCUCAAGCAGAAACGACACUAACUUCCUUUUCCACUUUUCUCGUACACCAAAUUAUGACUUUUUGAAACUACUUUUCACAACACGGAAAAUGAUCUAUUCUUUGACUAAUUAAACCCACCAUAUUUCCUGUAUUUUGUAUGAUUAGAUUCCAAGUAGGUUACUAAAAAUUACGUCACAAGGGAUUCGCGUACGAUGAGCCAUUUGGAAGUUGUAAAAAUGUUGAUGAUCUUCUGUCGAAAGACUUUAGCUGCUACGCUUAAAUAAUAUAUAAAUACCUCAUGCUUUUCAGUACAAAGUGUAAAAAUAGCUUAUUUUUUCACGAUGCGUCGUCAUGAAAGAAGAAGUUAGUAGAACCCUAUAUAAGCUUCCCAAAUCAGUAAAAAAGUCUUACUGAAUUGUAAUGGAAAAGUCGCGGUACAUGAAGUAGUCUGGAGCUGGCUAACAGGCCUAGCAGAAUUGAAACUCAAGUCCAUUUGAAAGUGAGUUUCGGCGCACCUGGAUGAAUAUAUCAAACGUCUAAACUGCGUACAGUUGCUGAUAGAAACGAAUAGGCGGAGUCCCAAAAAGUAGUUCAGAGGAAGAAGAUGUGAUUGCUGGAACAAGAAGCUUAUUGGUCAGCCGUUUCAGAGUCUCAUUCGAACCCAUCAUCAGAUAGUGUCACAGAAGUGAGAACGCCACACUAGGAAGGAGACGCUGCAGUCUGGAUCCCAGUUCCGAAGUCUAUCCCAGAGUUGGCAACCUUAUAAGUCAUGGAAUUUAGGGCAGUGUCGAAGCUUACGAUCCAGUUUGGUCAGUUGUAGACAGAAAAGGUCGCCUGAAACCGUCGUCUCAUAAGUGGUGCACACGUCAUUGACCCUCGCUUGAGAAUGUUGCCUCUUCUACUGAUGACCACCAGUCGACAGUUCGACCAGCCGCAUGCCUACCGGGGACUUGCGUGUAAACUUGCUUAUCGCGAAGGGGGUUUGCAUGACAUCUACCCCACUCUCACUCCCCAGAAUUAUCGUAUCCCGACGGCAGGACAAUCGGUGAUUGACCAGGCUGAGUCUACGUCCACACGUACAACAUGAGUACUGAUCCCUGACUCCACAGAAGCUGGCGGUAAGAAUACGCAAACACAUACACACAUGACAGUACAACCGUCGUGUCCGACGAUGUGCACCGUAUUCUCCACAGCAGGGUGGAAACAGGGAUGAUGACUUGUGCGUAAAUUUAGUUUAUGGUGAUAGUAGACUUGCCCAGCACCAACCGCACAAUAUCCUCCUCCCCCACCUGGACGCGGUGUCAAGAAAGACUCAAGAAGACCAAAGAGGUGGGAGGGCGCAGGUGGAUGGCACGGUCGGGCCCGCACAUUGACGUUUCACUCCAAACCCCAUGGUCCACGCAGCAAAUAACCGGGUUUGUGAUUAACAACAGCACUGGCGGGGGGUGGCAGGGUCCCUGUAUGCGCGACGUACGCCGGCAACCGGGUCCGCCACCGCACCCCGAAAUGUUGGCAUUUGUUACGGUGUGCAACUCCGAUAAUGCCUGUUAGAGUCCGAUAAGGCUCGCGAGUUGGUCCAGCGCGUCUACCACAUGGCCCGUCCGGAGGGCAAACACGCACAGACACACGCACGAUAGCUCGACCGUCGGUUUCGACGGUUUCUACCGUAUUUUCCACAGCAGGAUGAGAGCAUGGACGGUGACUUGUGCGAAAAUUUAAUUUAUGGUGAUUGUAGACUUGCACAGCAUCUACCGCACUCUUUCUUUCCUCACCUGAACCCGUUGUCAAGACAGAGUCAAGAAGACCGGGGGUGGCAGAGGACGCACGUGGAUGGCACGGUCAAGCCGGCACCCUGGCGCUUCAUUUCACAUCUCCUUGUCCAACUAGCAAAUACCCAGGUUUUUGAUCGAUAGCAACAAAGAUCCUGGAGUCCGGCACGGCCGAAGCAGCACCUAGGCGUGCCGUCACACCGGGCUCGGAUUCCACGGAGUGGCAGUGCCAUAAAGGCGACAUUAAGAAGGAGUCAUUGCAGCCUGACUCUUUGAUCGCCAGUCGGCCGCUCCACACAAACACAACACUGGGCCGACUCCGAGGUCCAAGUUAUCCCGUCAAUUGGCAGCCUUUCAAGCCACGGCUUUUAGCUUACCGUGGUGGCUUCAAGCGCAUCAAAUUGUCUAUAGUAAGGAAAAUGCGUUGAGUCGUCGACCUCAGUCACCCUUCCCAUUCCCAGGUCUCAGCCACUGUCCGAGCCGGUCAUUUGACUGGAGCACACACACACACGACAGUUCGUCCGUCGAUUUCGACGAUGACCACCGUGUGCCCCACAGACUGCAUUGUGGGAGCAGGGACGGUGAUUUACGCAGGGGUUUAUAGUGCCAGUAGACUUGCGUAGCAUCUACCUACACUCUCUCCUCCUCCCCCGCCUGCGCCCGGUGUCAAGACAGAGUCAAGAAGACCGGAGACGGGGGAGGCCGCAGGUGGAUGGCUCGGACGGGUCUUCGCCUUGGCGCUCCACUCCGCACCCCUGGUCCACACACCAAGACCAGGAUUUUGACCACAAAACAAUGGGGUGGAGGCACUGGUCCAGUUUUGCGACGAAUGCCGACAACAGGGUCCGCCAGCGCACCCCGCAAAUGUUGGCAUUUGUUAUUGCGCACAGAUAACGCCUGCCAAAGUCCGAUGUGGCCCCCGUGUUGGUCCAGCGCAUCUAACACGUGGCCCAUUUGGAGGGCACUGUCCGAGCCGGUCAUUUGACUGGAGCACACACACACACACACACUUUCUCGUCUGAUGACCCACAUUGCCGAAGUUGUAUCCCAUUGCCUGCGAUCUGUCCCUAACAUGACGAGUGCGUGCGCAAGCCUUUAGGUCACUGUAUUCAAAAGUACACUGGUGGGAGAUGACGACUGCCACAGUCAGCGCACAACAUGCACCUUACGGGAGUUGCACCUUGCUGGCAAAAUUCCACCACACUGAUUGGUCACAUCGGCUGCAAGUAGGCGGAAGUUUGCAUUAGCCCGUAGCGACGCAAAACGCUGAAACAGGGUAAUGAUUUGCCCUAUAUUUUCAGCCAUUUCUGGUAUUCUAUAUGCACAACCAAACAGCUAGUAAAUUCACUGAGGAUACUCUCUUCCACGGUUCCUUUUAAGCAGAAAAUGCGCUUUAUUAGGGGCAUGGAGGUUCGAUGGUCUGCGUUUCUGGUAGUGUAAGACGAAUCGGCAUCACAGCCGGGAAAGAGUGCAAGUAAGGACUACUGAAUAAUCUGUUAACUAAAACAUCGCAUCCUCAUUUCCGGGACCCAUUGGAAAACUACGUCCCCGGUUAAUCUUCUCCCACGAUACACCGCUUAUAGAGGGCCUUUCGAUAACCUUACAGUUAGUACAGCCAACGUGAUCUCAAACGUAUCUGGUUGCUGAUAAAGAAGACACUCGCGACAGUUCCGACGUACGUGAACCGGUGGUACCGUAUUUCGUCCACUCAGCGAAACCUGGUGUCAGAACAGAAAAGAAUUUUAGUCAAAAGUUAACUUUGGGUGAGGGCAUCUCCCAUCGAAAUGGGUGCGCAUAGAAACUUGCAUUCGCUAAUGAAACUGACUGAGAGACCUUAAGCAUACCAAACAAAUGCCCGCAAUUGGGGGGCCUUAUGCAUUCGCGAUACAGCAUCAUCGAGAAACAAUCUAUUAGUACCUUCUUCAUAGCUGGUUUUUCUCAAUAGGCCUGUCCCCCGUUUAUUGCAGGAGACCUACAGUGAGUGACCGAUCUCAUGAAAUGAUGGCUAAACUUCUUAAAUGCGUUUUCGACUAUGAAGGAUUAUUUAGAUGGAGUUGCAAUACUAAUUAUCGUACUGCAUAACCCUAUAGUAUUGUGGACUCGCCAGAAUGUCGGCUUUUGAAGGCACUUCUUUUCAACCUCCUGUAGAAACUGCAUAUGGCAAAAAAUAACCACUUACUUGGCAUAUGUGUUUCGCCUUGAUUUUCAUAGUUUUACAAAUUCAAAUAUAUUUUAUAGAAAAUGUGUAAAAAACCGCGCUUUCUUCUACUCGUUUGGCGGAAAAUCACAUUAUCUCUCGGUUUUUUACAAAAUUUUUUAAAUAAGAGGUACUUCAAGACAGCGCAAUGUCCAUUCAUGCAGCGUCGUACCUGUCCGUUCAUCAAUGCUCCCCAUGAAAUGUACAGCAGUGUCCACAUUCAUGGCCAAAUUUUGUGAGAUCUAUAUGGUAUCUUCUUAAAGACCCAGGGGAAUAUAUGAUUUCUCCUACACGGGACUAAAAUCGCUAAACGCUUGUGCAACGGGUGAUGAGGCUCAAAAUUAGUCGGGAAUCGGGAAACUCUUUCGAAACCUAGGUAUACCCCUCCUUUGGAUACAAAAUGUAAACACAAAGUGAUUUUAUACCAAACAAGUGAAAGAAAACAUAUUUUUGUGCAUGUUUUUUAAAAAAACUCUAUUCAAUUUAAGACUAUCAAAAAUCAACGUGAAAAAUGCAUUCUAAAUAAGUGGCCGUUUUUUAUCGAGUGCGAUUUCUAUAGGAGGUAAAAGAGAAAUGCAUUCAAAAGCCGACAUCCUGGCGAGUACGAAAUAAUAUAGGAUUAUGUCGCAUGAUAAUCAAUAUUACAAAUAAGUAAUCCUCCCUAAUGGAAAACGAAUUUCAGAACUUCGGCCAAUAUUUCAUGAGAUCGCUCACGCACUGUACGUUUUGUGCUUAAUUACCCAAAAGAAGUAUAUCAAUUUUGACUUUAUGGACAGGCUAUGACCACAUUUUAUGCUCAUCGAGAAGUUCCUGUCGGUGUUUUUCUAGGCAUUUCCUGAAUUUGCGUUUUUACAGCCAGUGACCGAUCUCACGAAGUGUCGGUCAAAAUUCUGAAAUGCGUCUUCGAUUAGGAAGGAUUACUUAGGUAGGGUUGUAAUCUUGAUUAUCAUGCGGCAUAAUCCUAUAGUAUUUUGGACUCGCCAGGAUGUCGAAUUUUGAAUGCAUUUAAAUACACUUCUUUCCAAUCUCCUGUAGAAACCGCAAGUGGUAAAAUCUGCCUGCCUAAUUACCGUGCAUUUUACCUUGAUUUUCGAUGGUCUUAUAAAUUCAAAUAUAUUUUAUAGAAAGCGUGCACAAAAUAUGCUUCCUUUUACUUGUUUGGUAGAACAUCAUGUUUUCUUCACAUUUUAAUGCAUUUUCCGUAAAAUUUGAUUGAAUUUAUAAGAGCACCGAAAAUCAAGGUUAAAAAAGGAGCGUUCAUUAGGCAGGCAUUUUAAGGUAAGGUGAUUCCAUAGUAACAGCACAGGUAUUAGUCAAAAACCCAUACACGCGUGUUUCGCCGAUAUUCUGCCGCUGCAUGGCACAGCUGCGAGGGGUUCGGCUCGUCAGUGGGUCCCCCAGCAUUCCCUGUCUGUUUUCUCGUAGAUACUCCAAUUUAGAAGUUGUAGCUUUUUGAUUUUUUAAAAAAUUAACUGCGAACUUGGAAUAGAUCAGUAUAUUUAAGGUCUAUGGGCUCAAACCUAAGUUUUUAUGUAUGGAAUCAUCUUGCCAUAAAGUAUACUGCUAGCUGCCUGCUAGCAAUUAAUGAAUAUUACGCGGUUAUCCGCUGUGGUUGAUGGGCUUCGGCCCAAAUUUUCAUACAUAAAAACUUGGAUCUGAGCCUGUAGACCUUAAAUAUACUGAUCUACUUCAAGCUUGCAGUCAAUUUCUCAGGAAAUUAAAAAGCCACAAUUUAAUAUUUCUUUUAUAUUUUUAAUUCUUUUAAAGUUGUGCUUUAUUAAAAUACAUUUUUGUCCACUUGUUAGUAUCAGUAUGCGAGUGAUUGGCAAUCAUUCGUAAAUCCCGACUCCUUUCAUGAUUUAUGUUACCUACUGUAUAUUGGUGGACAGUCUCUAGAUGGCUAGCGGCAGAUUCUUGAGUUUCAGCAGCCAGUUUGUACACCAGGUCGCACCAGGAAGGAGUGAUCUGACAUGAAGGAUGGAUGGGCCAAACUCAGUCAGCUUUCUUAAUCGGCUUACUGCACAAGCACUGGGAUCAGAUAUCAAAUCUCGUAGGUUUAACCAGUCACCUCCAACGAGACAAGUGAACGUACAGGGGGGCGUCUCCAAACAUCAUCGUACCAACAGUUCAGCAAUCGUCAAGGAUGACGUCUACCCCCUAUCCCCCCUCCCCCAAAGUGGGCACAGUUUCGGUGACCCACAACUGAAUUAACUUAUAAUGACGCAGACUUGCGAAGCAUCUUACAAACUUGGAUCUGGGCCUAUAGACCUUAAAUAUCCUAAUCUAAUCCAAGUUCGCAGUUAAUUUCUAAGGAAAUUAAAAAGCUAUAAGUGGGCAUGUUUUACUAACUGCGGCUUCUGUAGGAGGUAGAAAAGAGGUGCAGUCAAAAGCACACAUCCUGUCGAGUUCAAAAUAUUAUAGGAUCGUGCUAGAUGAUAACCAGUUUUACAACCCCACCUAAGUAAUCCUUUCUAAUUUAAGACGCAUUUCAGAAUUCCGGCCGACAUUUAAUGAGACUGGUCACUCGCUGUGUGCCCGAAGUAAGGAAUUUUGAGCCAUCUGAACGAGCAGUCACAAUAUUGGCUGACAUUCUUUCAGGUCCCGACUGCACACGCGAGUUUACAGCCGUUGCCGCCACUGCGCCAGUUAAACGAGGAAAAGCAAUCAAGGCAGUCGAAAUGCAAAUAAAAUUGUCUGAAAAGGCCAAACCCGCUUUAUAAGCACUUGAAACACGUGCCGUUUGGCACCAAAUCCAGUUCAGGUACUUGUGCGUGUUUGACUGUUAAACUAGAUCCAUGACUCAUCUGCCUGACAUUUCGAAUUUUGUGCUCGACCGAAGGCCAUCGUCAAAUUUCAGAACAAAUAAACCCGUUACCAAAGCAGUCGCUGUUUACGCCUUCCGCAGAUCAUAAACAGAAGACAUUGCUUUUUCAGGAGUAAAUGAAGAUGCGAACCCUGGACUCCCGUAGUAAAGAGGAACAAUCGAACGUCCAGCUAAGUGCAGGACUUUGCCAUCGAAGACAAUGAUCGAAAUGCAGUAGAUGGACUGUUUUCGCAGUGUCUCACCAUGCGUUUUCCUGGGUAAGAUUGCGUUCGCGCAAAAUGACUGUGUGGCGUAGUGACUGCUACGCUGGAGACAGAUCGAUGUGCCAAAUUUUAGGACUUGUCAGUAGCUCAGACCUCAAUUUAUCCAAGCGGUUACGUCGCGAACGACAAGGUCCUUUCUGUUUUGGGCAAAAAGUGAGUGCAUUCCCGGGAGGCCUGCGCCCACAGCCUUUCCUGACUGGCCAUUUAUCAUGAGAGCUGGUUGUAGUUGAUGCGUCAUUUGUAUGGGUCAUUGGAUCUGGAUGUCCCUUGUUGAUUGCAGAAGGUUAGUUAAUCGUUUCAUUACCCCCUCCGCGUCUUGGCCGCAUAGUGCUGAUGAAUCCCCGCCUCAAAGAUGCUGCUUUGGAGUAGUUUCUGUUGCAGUUGGGGUGUCACUCCUCAGUCCAUCCACUUCCGCAUUUUAUUUUGGUUUAGCGUCGACCCAAAUUCACCUCACCUGGGGAUCAGCCUCUCGUGGAUUUAAAGACCAGAUUGUACGCAGCGAAGUCAGACGAGCUGUUUUCCUUCUUCAUCUGUACCCGCUUCAAGUCUUCCUUGCUCUGUCUCGUCUCGGAAACACGGUGAGUACGCUGAAGGUAGGGUGAGAUAGGUGCAUCGUAAGUCUGUUUCACUGAACUCAGACCUACGAGCGAGUCAUUAGUGCGCUCGCGUCGACUCAUUGCUGGCCCUCAACCAGUGGUACUUAUGAGACGCGUAGUUCGGGCCUUAAAAUUACUCAUACUGCAGCGCUACCUGCUUAACUACGUCCUCGAAAGUUUUGUCUCAUGUCGUAAGUGUGCGCCCCCCUCAACCCUGGAUCGAGCGUGCACUCUGCUUCGCCAACUGGAGCUCAUGCCAAAGUUUACACUUCCGCAACCACUCCAUGAGCUGGUUUAUUCAGCUCUCUCUCUCGCUUCGCCCUGAUUGGACGCCUGACGACACAGCGGUUAGCCCUGUCUCGUGUUGACGCAAUCGCUACAGCGCCCUUGGCUACGUGUGUGUGUGCAGACACACAAUCGCUGGAACUCUUCGCCGAUUUCUGCAUCCGCCAUCUCUUGCUCUACGCACGCUGGUCGCGCAAUGGCACCGCCACCACCACCAGCGACAGUGGACAAACUCAAUGAGGCUGACCGAGAGCGAAUCGCCUCCCUCUUCAAGAAGCUCGACGUGGACAAGGACGGCCGUGUCAGCGUGACUGAACUGGCUGCUGUCAUUAAGAGUCAGUGGUCCGAGCCCGCCGAUGGUACCAGCGGCGUGGAGGCUGCCAAACGGAUUAUCACGCGAGAUGGGAAGCAGUCUGCCUCGGGGCCGGCGGCGCCAACUAUGAGCUUCCAGGAAUUUGUGGAAUAUGUGCGCGAUACGGAGACCCAGCUGAAGCUGGCUUUCAAGCAGCUGGACCGCAAUAAGGACAACCAGGUGGAUGUCAGUGAGAUUAGGGCCGCGAUGCGCGAACUGGGCAUCGAGGUGGGCGAGAAGGAGGCGGCCAAACUGCUGCGCAAGAUGGACAAGGAUGGAUCCCUGUCGAUCGACUACGAGGAGUGGCGGGAUUUUCUCCUUCUCUCUGGCAGCUCCAACAUCAAGGAUAUAUUCCAUUAUUGGAGGAGGGCAUCGGCUGUGGAUAUCGGCGAGGGUAUUCUGGUGCCUGACGACUUUACUGAGGAGGAACGGAAGUCCGGAGAGGCGUGGAAGACACUCCUGGCCGGAGGUAAACAUUGUCUGUUGACAAGCCUAGGACAUUUUAAUAGAGCUGUUUACUAGGAGGCAAAAUCGAUAAUCAAACACUAUCUGCUCCUCCUCCUACUCACCAGUAGUAUAGGCUUCUGCCGAUCUCCGUCUUCCAGAACCGAAAUACCUAGGGCAGGUAUACCUUGAUAACGGCUGAAGCAUUUGUUUCUCCGUGUCAACAAUCCGGGAGACAAGAUCAGGGUUAGGGCCAGGAUUUUGGAAAGAGCACUUAAACAACUACGGGCUGAAAGUUGGCCGAGGUAUGCGUGUGUGUCCUCUACCCAUCCACCACACCUGUCAAGUGACCGGUUCGGACAGUGGCUGGGGCCUGGGAAAAGGACAGGAGAGUGAGGUCGACGAAUCAGAGCAUUUUCCCCACUAUAAACAAUUCGACGCGCCUGAAGCUACCAUGGUGCGCUAAAAACCGUGACUUGGAUGGUUGCCAACUGACGGGAUAACUUGAAUCUCGCAGUCGGCCAAGUGUUGCGUGUUUGUGUGGAGUGACCGGCUGGUGGUCUGAGAGUCAGGCUGUAAUGACGCCUUCUUAAUGUGACCUUUAUAGCACUCCCACUCCAUGGGAUCCGAGCCGGGUGUGGGAGCAAACCUAGGUGCGGCUUCGGCUGUGCCAGCCUCCAUUCUCUUUGUUGCUGUUGGUUGAAAACCUGGUCAUUUGCUGCGUGUACCAGGAGGUGUGAGGUGGAACGCCAAGGUGCGGGCUCGACCAUGCCAUCCACGUGCGCCCUUUGCCGCCCUCCCCCCCCCCCCGGUCUUCUUGACUCGGUCUUGACAGGGGGUUCAGGUGGGGGCGGAGGAGAGAAUGUGGUAGAUGCUGUGCAAAUCUACCAUUACUAUAAACUAAAUCACGCGCAAGUCACCGUGCCCCCUAUCACCCCGCUGUGGAGCACGCGGUGGACAUCGUCGGCGACGACGGUCGAACUAUCGUGUGCCCUCAGAACAGGCCACACUGCAGUUCUGUUGGAUAGAGAUGACUAAUACAGGGAUUGGCCUCAUGCGAUGUGUUCGCGCGAUUUCUAAAAUAAUCGCCGCUUUAAACGCCACGCCACCCCAGCCAUUACGUCAAUCAGGUCAUCAGUCGGCUUGACUUGGACAACGUGAGUGCGGAGAGAGAGGAUAUGGAAUUUAUUCUCAUGACAAAUCAUCGCAUCUCUAACUAUAGCAAAAUCUGUCGUUUUUGAUCAUACCAUGAAGCGCUAUCAGUCGGAGCAGCCUAGUCCUGUCCAGGACUGCUUGUUAGGCUACAAUGACAUGGCCUUUAUAGAGCUUUCACUUCCGUGCUAUCCGCCAAUCUCCAACAAUGAAGACUGUUGCAUUUGGCCGUCUUAUGCGUGGCACGUGUAGAUGAGUCGUUUAACUUUGUCAACCCCGGUGUCGCCGCCUACUUCUGGUGGUCUCGACAUUGUCUUGCCAUGGGAGCGCGGUGAGCGGCGGAAGUGAGCGAGUUAUUUACAACACGAGUCUGUCCUACAGUAAACCAAUCCACGCGAAGGUCACACCUCCGUCCACCUCGUGGGGCAACCGUCGUUUGUGACGGUUUAACUACCGUGUUCGUGGGUUGGCGCUAGUUUGCCAACCUCUGAGCGUCCGUAAGGCGACUGGUAUUGUCGAUGGUACGUAAACCCUGCUCGCAUGCAGGUUCUGAUGCGUAAGGACAGCCGAAACCCACUGAUUUCAUAGUGGCGGACGCUUGAUUGGAGGAAGUUAACCGUAAGGAGUGUCAUCAUAGCGGAGGUUUCAUCCUGACGAGCUCAUUGGCCAGUAGCACUGCUUACCUUAUGGUCCGAAUACUCUAGAUCACAGCCACUGGUAUGUGGACCCAGCAGAUCUCUGGGUUGAGUUCAGGUCUCUCGUGAUUCUGUGCUGAAGUGGGAUAUGGACAGCAAGUUUUACACCAAAGGGGCGCUCCGGCUCGUAGAAAGUUAAAUUAGUGUCUGGUUUUCCUUUCGCGACGCCUUUUUGGUAAAUCAUUGUUAGGGCUUUUUCUGGCCUCACAUUUAAACUAAACGCAAAUUCGAUUAUCAAAGCCUUAAAUGUAAUUUCUGUGUGCGCCUGCUUGAUGCCGGAGGUGUGCCGAGUGUGCAGAUAGAGGGAGAGGGAGGUGCGCAUUGUAGAUUUAACGAGUCUCUCUGCGGCCUCAUGGCUUCAUGGCAUCCCCGUAUUCCCCUCUACCCUCGAGCUAAAUCGGAUGGGAGUAACGAGUGGGGUUUCCUUGUUUGAUGAAGCUCUUCAGUGGCAUCUUCAGCUGACCAUCCACAAUCAGCAAAAACCAUUAAUAGACACCUUCGAAUGGAGAGACCACCGCUGACCUCUAUCUAUCCGUAUGUCAUACGGUCAGAACAUUUUUUGCCGAUUUAUAGUGACGAAUGCUCGCGUACUGACUUACAGUGAGUGACCGAUCUCAUGAAAUGUUGGCUGAAAUUCUGAAAUGCAAUUUCGAUUAGGAAGGAUUACCUAGGGGAGUUUGCUAUAAUGAUUAUCUUAUAACAUUAUCCUAUAAUAUUUCGGACUUGGCAGGAUGUCAGCUUUUGAAUGCACUGCUUAUCAAUCUCCUGUAGAAACCGCACUUCGUAAAAAUAGCUACGUAAGUAGCAUGCCUUUUUCAUACUGAUUUUCGAUGGUCUUGCAAAUUCGAAUAUAUUUUAUAAAAACUACGAACAAAAUAUGCUUUCUUUCAGUUCUGUAAUAGAUAAUCACCUCAUUCCUAUAUUUUAUACUCACAUAAGGAGUAUAAUUAGGUUUUAAAAAGUUUCUAAUUAUGAGAUUUUUAAGACCGUGCAAUGUCCAUUCACACAGCAUCGUGCCUGCCCUUUUACCACUACUCCUCAUGAAAUGUACAACAUGGUCCGCAUCCACUGCAAAAUCUUAUGAAUUCUGUAUGGUAUCUUUUUAAAGACAUAGAAGAAUACGUAAUUUUCUCUGCGCGGAAAGCAUGCACCUCGUAGACUGAAAUCACUAAACGCCAAUGCAACGACUGAGCAAGCUCUAAAUUAUUAGGGGAUAAGAAAACUCUUUAAAACCUAAUUAUACUCCGUUUUCGAGUGAAAAAUAUGAAAAUGACGUGAUUCCCUAUCAAACGACUGAAAGAAAACAUAUUUUCGUUUGUGGCUUCAAUAAAAUAUAUUUGAAUUUGCAAGACCGUCGAAGAUUAGUGUGGAAAAUGCAUGCCACUUGUGUUAUUUUUCUACAGGAUAUUAAAAAGCAGUGCAUUCAAUAGAUUACAUACUGACGAGUCCAAAAUACUAUAGGAUUAUGUCGCAAGAUAAUCAGUAUUACAACUGCGCCUUACUAGUCUUUCCUGAUCGAAAACGCAUUUCAGAAUUUCAGCCAACAUUUCAUGAGAUCGGUCGCUCUGUGUAAUUCCUGCCGAAAACUACCAAUAUCGCGGUCAGAAUACGUGAUGCCAAGUUCGAAUCCCUUGAGCCUCCAAGGAUGCCGUCGGUGUUUGCCAGCACUAACACGAAGAAAGGCUGAAAAUCAGGGGUGUACAGGCGGAACCUCCCAAUCUCAUUCUGUACCUUGACCCAUGAACUUCUUCCCAAGGGUCAGUGUAGAUUUCAGAAAGAGCAAAGAACUCCUGAUAUGAUCAUCGCAGCCCAAAAACUUUAGGACAGUGUGGGAAAUGAGGAUCAAUCCUCACACCGCCUAUGUGGAUUUCGCCAAUCUCGACAACGUGAAUCGCGAUGUGAUUUGAAGGUAAUAAGAAGUACAUUUUGACCCACCUUCGAAAAAUAUGGCGGCCUCAGUGUGAUUUCGACCCGCGACAGUUAGGUGAAGGCAUGGGUGCGGUCAAUGCUGUAGCCAUCUGAGCUACAAGGCCCCACCGGGAGUCGUGAGUUUGGGUCAGGUUGUCCAAAACACCGAUCAACGAAGUGAGUCUGGUAGUCAUCUGGUGGGUUCUGGAUUGAUUGCUGAGGAAAUCCUGCUUGGACAGUCAACCUACUGUAUCGGAUUGCAGUAGGCUGGGCAGUUAAGCUGAUCCAAAUGCGAUUAAACUCACGGCUUCCAGCUGGGUUUUGUAGCUUAGGUGAAUACAGCCUUCCCUUUGUUGUCGGGAUUUCGAACCCCACCGUGGUCGCCGAGAUUUUCACAGUUGGGUCAAAAUUAAUUAUUCAAAAUCUACCAAAACAUGUAAUCGAUAAUAAUAAAAUACGUGUGUUCGGCACAUUUCAGGCUGCGGACUUCAUGACAGAAUGAUUGGGCAUGUGAUAGGUAAUGAGUCGACAUCGAACACCGCGGUAGUAUAGGCCUUAAGUAGGACUUUGCCCUCGAUCCAACCAUAUUCAGCCUUAAGCUUUCGCGUUGUUUGUAUAACUACUCUAGGGGAAUGAUCGGAAAUCAACGCAAAUUAUCGAGGUCACCGGGAACUAUUUACCAUCCUUCACAUGCGGGCCGCCAUAAAAAAAAUACAAUAGUCAGGUUACAUGAUGUGUUUGCUGACAACUGCACACCGAGCGCCACAAUUAAAGGGAGCAUGCAGCGAAGACUAGACCGGCCGCGCCGAACCCGAAUUAGAUAUCGGCAUGCGGAGAAUUAUAAUCAACAAAACGGCGUCAGCCGUCGAAAACACCGACGGCACUGUAACUCCCAAUGUUAGACCCGGCGUUUUGUUCAAAAAUCGGAGGCUUCAUUUGUUGUGAACUUCGCAUCCAUCAUAGAAACUGCGAACUGAUGUGAGAGAGCUUGUUUUUUUCAGCACGAACCGACUGCUCUCGAAAACAAUAUGCUCGACUUUUGAAAACAGUUUGUUUUCCUGAAAGGGUGAUACUUAUUUUCUAUUUUGUAUACAGCUUUAACAUAUGUUUGGUAUGGCAUAAAUCAAAUAUAUCUUUUUCGUCGAUAUUCUGCCGCUGCAUUGCACAACUGCGAGGGGUUCGGCUCGUCAGUGGGUUCCCCAGCAUUCCCUGUUUGUUUCCUGGUAGAUACUCCAAUCUAGAAAUGGUCGCUUUUUAAUUUCCUCAGAAAUUGUCCGCGAAGUUGGAGUAGAUCAGUUUAUUCAAGGUCUAUAGGCUCAGGCCGAGAACUCUGGGAAUGAUGUGGGACCCUCUGACGAGCCGAACCCCUCGCAGCUGCGCCAUGCAGCGGCAGAAUAUCGGCUAAACACGCGUGUAUGGGUUUUUGGCUAGUACCUGUGCUGUUAGUAUGGUAUCACCUUACCCUAAAGUAUACUACUAACUGCAUGUCGGCAGUUAAUGAAUUUUACGCAGUUACCCACUGUGGCUGAUGGACUUUGACCCAAAUAUCAUACCUAGCAUUCUAGGUCUGAGCCUAUAGAUCUUGAAUAAACUGAUCUACUCCUACUUCAUAGAAAAGCGACAACAUCUGAAUUAGUUGACUUCUUUUCAAUUUCAAUGGGCACAGGUUCACUUUGACAGCAACCUAUCUCUGUUUCCCUGCCCUAGGCAUAGCUGGUUGCAUCUCACGAACGGCCACCGCCCCAUUGGACCGUGUCAAGGUCAUAUGGCAGGCGCGGGGCGGAAAGGCGGCUUCGACGGGCCUGAUUGGCUCCUUCCGGACAAUGCUGCGGGAGGGCGGCUACGCCUCCAUGUGGCGUGGAAAUGGCGUUAACUGCAUUAAAAUUGCUCCCGAGUCGGCUAUCAAGUUCCAGGCCUACGAGUUCUUCAAGUCGAUCAUCAGAGGCGGCCGUCGUGAUCCGUCCAUUGCCCUGCAUGAGAAGUUUCUGGCAGGCGCAAUGGCCGGUGCUACGGCUCAAACUCUCAUCUACCCAAUGGAGGUUCGUCUACCGCCCUUGCGAUUUAUGUUAAUAACCUUUAGUCGUAUUAACAUGCGACUUGAACUUGAUGCCAGCAGCUCUGCAUGACACGAGAGACUGACUUGUUUCAUGCUACAAGUUAGACUAUUGAUAGAGAAUGCGUCCAUUGGUUAGAAGGUUUGUCCGUGUCUACCACCACUGUGGCAGGAGUUGGAUGGAUCGAGUCCCUCGUAUGGGGGUUUACUGUUUUAAAGUUGGACCUUUUCUGCCGACCGGCUGGCGUCUGGAAAUUGGUUAGUCACGACUGUAUCUUAUCCCCCCCCCCCAUCCCCGAAUGGUCCCACUCAAUUUUAGUAACGGUCGCUCAUCAAGAGACUGAUCGACCUGCUUCAGCCUGGCUUUGUAGAGCUUCGUAGGUGGAGGGGGAGAUCGAUGCGCCUGCUGAUCAAUUUCUAGGCGGAUUCUCAUUUUAUGACCACACUCCGCUCGCGGCUUGUCAAACUGACCCUGUGGCAGCCAAGUCCAGGGCUUAAUUGGCUUUCAGAUUGUAGGCAGACAUGACAACCAACCGGUUUCAGUCACUCCGCUGUUUGCGCACUCGCUUUCCAAAUUUUCACUCCAUUUGGCCUGUGUACUUCCGUCUCCACUCAGUUCAUGGGAUGCCUUACCUGCGUCGGAUGUUGCGUUCUAUGACCUGCAAGUAACAAGUGAAGUUUCGCAAAACCAUCGACCGCUUUCCGUCGAUUCGCAGUAGGUGGUACAGUAGGUGGGCUAACUCAGGAAAUGUCAAUCGCAAUUUCGAAAUGCGUUCUCGUUUCGAGAAGAUUAAUUAAGUAGGGUUGUAAAACUAAUCCGUAUGCAGUAUGAUUCUAUAGUACUUCAGUUACCUCAGGAUGCCGGCUUUCUAGGGAACUCCUUCCGGCUGCAUGCAAAAACUACACUCUGUAGAAAAUGACAACCUAAGUAGCACGACGUUUUCUCAUUGAUUUUCGAUGCCCCUAAAAGUCCAGUUAUAGUUCAUGGAAAACAUGCAUAAAAAUAUUCAUUGUUCUGCUCAUUCGGUAGAAAAUUGCGUUUUUUUUAAGUUUAUGCUCAAAGGAAUGGUAUUAUUCGGCUUUCAAAACCUUUUCCAAUUCCCGAAUAAUUGUGAACCCGCUCUGCCGUUGCACUUGGAUUCUGGGUUUUUAAACUACAAGCCGUAUAUUAUCCGCAUACGGAAAACUACAUAUUUCUCUACGGUAAUAAAGGGGGAUCAUAUAGCGUUUAUAAAAUUUAACAAUGGAUUUAAUCCAUAUUAUUAAUUUUACAAGCCACAAUGGUAAAUGCAGAGACAUGACGAUUUAUGAACGGCCAUUUCAUGGUACUUCAAAGUUCCAAAAUUAGAAACUUUUGCAAAACCAAAUUAUGUUCCGUUUUAGAGAAUAAAAUUAGAAGAAGACGUAAUUAUCUACCGAAUGAGCAAGAGAAUGAAUAUUUUAUGUCUGUUUCCCAUACAAUACAAUAGGACUUUUAGGGGCAUCGAAAAUCAGUGAGAAAAAUACAUGCCACCUAAGUAGUCGUUUUUACAGAGUGUAGUUUAUGCAUGCAGCCGGAAGGAAUUUCAUUCGAAAGCCGGCAUCCCGAUGUAACUGAAAUAUUAUAGAAUUAUGCUGCAGGCUGACUAGUUUUACAACCCUACUUAAUUAAUCUUUUUGAAGCGAAAACGCAUUUCGGAAUUUAGGUUGACAUUUGGUGAGUUAGCCCACCUACUCUAUGUCUCAAGAACACUGAGUGAAAUUCUGAAUUUUGAUCUCGAUUAGAGAGGACGGUUGUACACGAAAAUACGGAUCCCUCCACCUGCAUUACAGGUGGGCUUACCCUCAAUUUGAUGGAGAUUGGGAUUAGUGUUGGUCGAAAGGAUUAGAAUGGAUUACCUUGGUGGGUUAAGGACAUUUCAGUCACAUCAGGAUGCCGGUCUCCUACUGAGCUACUUUGCGUCCGCCUGCAAAAGCCAAAUUCGGAAAUAAACGACUACUUAAGCAGCACGAUUUUUUCCCAUUGCUCCGCGACGACCUUAUAAAUUCAACUACAUGUUACAGCAAACGUGCAUAAAAAAUGUUUUCGUGACCAUUUGUAAGAAAAUCCUGCCUUCUUCAUAUUUAAAACUUGAAAAAGGCUUCGUCAGGUUUUUUAAAAAAACUUUUUUUCAGUUCCGGAACAAUUUGAAACCCAACCUGCUGUUUCACUUGUGCUUAUGCCUUUUAAAUUACAUGUUGUACACCUUCCGCCUAAGGAAAAUCAUACAUUUCUCUACGCAAAAACCUACAGGGCUCAUAAAAUCUUACAGUGAAUUUGGACUAUGUUGUAUACCCCGUGAAAAGCAUAAAUAAACGGACAGACACUACUAUCUAAACGGAAAUUUCUUGACCUUAAAAUCUGACAAUUCGAAACUUUUCUAAAUACCGGAAGCUAUCUUUCCAUCAAUAAUAAUAAUAUCUGAAGGCGUCAUCUGCUAUCAGAUGAGCACAAAAAGGAAUAUUGUGAAUAUGUUUCUUGUAACACAUAUUUUGACUUUGAAUUUAUGGAGCCAUCGAAAUUUGAUAGACGCCAUGCAUACUAAUUAAGCAGCUACCUUUUUCGAGUUUAGGGUUUCAGCAAGCAGCCGGAAAGAAACACAUCUGCAUGUUGAAAGCCUGGUGUGACCGGAAUAUCUUAGGAUUGUACUGUGCGAAAAUUAUUACUAUACUCCCGCUGAAGUAUUCCAUUCUACUCGAAGAAUAUUUCUUUCCCUGGAAAGCUGCAGCACAAUCUCUCCGACGACUAACAAGCCAGAAAUGGCCAUUCCAGUCGCCCUUGUUUCCGUCGGUGAUAACGUUCUGCCUAUAUCAUGCGCCGCUGUGCGGCUGCUGGUUGGGCUCGUGAGAGAGCCCAUAAAGCACAACGGAACGUGUGAGUUCCGUAUGAACGAUCGGUGAGCGCCCCCUACCAUUGUAUAUUCCCGAUCGAAAACCGACAAGGCAACGGGCUCGUGGCCCGGUGAGUAGAGGCGUUGACUUCUAAACCAACAGGUCGCGAGUUCGAGGCUCGGGUGUUCCACACUUCGGGCUUGGGUAUGGCUGGCUGACGACGGCUAAUAAGCCAGAAAUGGCCAUUCCAGUCUCCCUUGUCUUUGUCGGUCAUGCUAUUCUGCCUAUGUAUCAUGCGCCGCUAUGCAGCUGCUGGUUGGGCUCGUGAGAGGACCCGUAAGGCACAACCGAACGAAUGAGUUCCUUAAGGACGAUCUACCAUUGUAGAUUUCCGACCGGAAGCGACAGGACAAGGGGCCCGUGGCCCAGUUGUUGUAGGUGUUGGACUUCUUACUAACAGGUCGCGAGUUCGAGCUCCAGGUGUUCCACAGUUGGGGGUUGGGUAUGAAUUACUGACAACGACUAAUAAGCCAGAAAGGGCCAUUCCAGUCUCCCAUGUCUUUGUCGGUACUAACAUACUGCCAAUAUCAUGCGCUGCUGUGCGGCUGCUGGUUGGGCUCGAAAGAGAGCCCGUAAGGCACAAUGGAGAGAGUGAGUUCCGUAAAAAAACAAACGGCGAGCACCCAUCUACCACUUUCCUGCAGUCAAAAUCUCCGGAUUUUCAUCGAUCACAAGCUUCGGUUAUCCGCAAGCUUAUCUAAAUUCACGCUUUCCGCCAGGAAGCAUUGUGCACUCCGCUUGAAAUCUAAUUAGAUUGCAGGUGCAUUCUUCUCCGGCCUGAAAACCUGGCCUGACUCACACCGCCUUUGCCUUCUCACGCACUCAAAACGCCCCAGCGGUGAAGUAAGUCGCCUAUGGCGAAAGGGUGCUGGAAGUGGAUGCUUUGGAUCACACUGCGGCGUUCAAUUUUACUGCUUUGGCCGCGUUUCUCGACGCACAGUAAUCGCAGUCAUUUGCGUGAUGCUAAACUAGCGGAGGUGUGUUGACACCCAGAUGACUGCCGAGGUCCAUUGGGACGUGGCAACUUUCUAUGAAAAGGACCAGUGGGAUUGAGACAGCUGGAGAUCUUAAAGUCGGUAUUGGGGAAGAACAGCUGGAAAGGGUUGGUACUGCGAUGCUCUUCAAUCGGAGCGGUUGUUAGGGUAUGGUUGUUGCGCAAAACAGGGCUUCGCAGAAGGUCGAAUGAAGACAGCAUGUUACUAGCUUUGGUCAAAGCGCAGUGACCACCUCGUGCAGCUAGGUAUUUGGCGCGGUAUAUAUGCUACCUCAUGAAAUAUUCGCCGAUAUUAUAAAUUGCGUUUUCGAUUCAAAAGAAUUACUUAAGCAGGGUUGUCAUAUUUAUGUCGCAUGAUGGUAACAUACUCCACCACGUCAGGUUGUCGGUUUUCGAGUGAGCUCUUUACCGACAGCAUUUACAGCUACAUUCGGCAAAAAUGGAUACUUAAGCAGCAUGAUUUUUCCCAUUUAUUUUUACUGCCCUUUCAAAUUCAAGCGUAUGGUUUAAAAAACUUGUUCGAAAAUAUCCCUUCUCUUACUCAUUUGGUAGCAAACUGCGUCUUUUUAAAAAGUAAUGCUUGGAGAAAAUUAGUUGGUUUUAAUAUCUUCCUCGAUUCCCGAAUAUUUUCAGGUCAGGUCUUCCAAACUACAUGCAACAUGAAAAUAGCCUGUUUUGGCUUGCUCACUAAAAACAGCUAGUCAUAUCUCAACGCCGGAUGCUGGAGUCCCUCACUGAGUACUUAUAUUAACCGCUUGGAUUUGUAAUAGAGAGUGAUAUCGACGACUCAGCGAAUUAUGCCACGCUAUAAACAAUCUGACGAGCUCGAAGCUAUCAUGGUGCACUGAAAGCCGUGGCUCUGAAGGUUGCCAUCUGGCGGAAUAACUUGAACAUCGCAGUCGGCCGAGUGUUCUGUGUUUGUGUGGAGCGGCGGACUUGUGGGUUGAGAGUCGGACUGCAAUGGCUUCUUCUUAAUGUGGCCUUUAUGGCACUCCCACUGCGUGGUAUCUGGGCCGGGUGUGAUUGCACGCCUAGGUGCGUCUCCGGUUGUGUCAGCCACUCUUUUUGUUGUUGGCGAAAAUCCUGGUCAUUUUUUGUGUGGUCCAGUGGAUGUGGAGUGGAACGCCAAGGUGCGGACUCGACUGUGCCAUCCACCUGCGCACUCCCCCACCUCCGGUUUUCUCAACUAUGUCUUGAUACCGGAUCCAGGUUGGGCAGGAUAGAGUGCGAUAGAUGCAGUGCAAGCUUCCAUUCGCUAUAAGCUAAAUCACACGCAAAUCACUGUCGCUGCUCCACAUUGCUGUGGAGUACGCGGUGGACAUCGUUGGCACUCCCACCUAGUAGGAUCCAAGUCGCCCAACUCCUGUCUUGUUGUGUGUGAAAUCCUUGUUAAUUGUUUGUUUAGAACCAGGUGUUGUGGUGGCGCGCUUGGAUAUUAGUUUUCUCCAUGCUAGCCAUAUGCGCCCUCUCCCCCUUUAGCUUUAUUGACUCUUUCUUGAUACCUAUCCCAGGUGGAUGGGGGAGGAAGGGAGAGUGUGGUAGAUUCGGCACAAGUCUACAAUCACUAUAAACUACUUCAGGUGCAAGUCACCGUGUUUGCUUCCUCUUGCUGUGGAGCUCGUGGUGGAUGUCGUCCGAAAUGACGGUCGAAUUCUCACCAAUUGAACGCCCAUUUUAAGAACCAUUUCUAACAAACCUGCCUUUAUCAACCAGCAAUCACGUUAUAUAUUGCGAUUUUAGUGCUGAUUCCUCUGGUUGGUACAUCAGUAGUCUGGAUUUAUAUCCACUUUCCUCCCGUCCAAAGCCGUUUCCAAGAGCCACAAUGUCCCACUUAACAUUCUCUUCUUGUCUUCCCAUCUCCAGGUCUUAAAGACACGGAUGUGCCUACGCAAGACCGGUCAGUACUCCUCCAUGUUCGACUGCGCCCGUAAACUGUACGCUGAGCAUGGCAUCGGCAUCUUCUACCGCGGUUACGUACCCAACCUCAUUGGCAUCCUGCCCUAUGCAGGUAUCGACUUGGCUCUCUACGAGACCUUCAAGAACGCCUACGUGAAGGCGGUGGGCCCCACGGCCGAAGCGGGUGCUCCGCCGGUCUAUGUCUCCCUCACAGCCGGCGCUCUCUCCUCCGUGUGUGGUCAGGUGGCCACAUACCCGCUGGCGCUUGUGAGGACUAAACUUCAGGCACAGAGUGAAAAGGUAAAGUACAUAUAUAUAUAUAUGAUAAAAGUAUUGUACCGUACUCCCGACAUAGAAACAGUAGUUGGGCUAACUCAAGAAAUGUCAACCAAAAUUCCGAAAUGCGUUCUCGUUUCUAAAAGGUCAAUUGAGUAGGGUUCUAAAACUAAUCGGCCUACGCAUAAUUUUGUAAUAUGUCAGUUACCUCAGGAUGCCGGCUUUUGAACGAACUUGCCUCCGGCUGCAUGCAGGAAAUACACUCUGUAACAAAUGAGUACUUAUGUAGCAUGAAUUUUUCUCAUUAACUUUUGAUGCCCCUAAAAGUUCAAUUAUAUUUCAUGAAAAAUAUGCAUAAAAAUAUUCAUUCUUUUGCCCAUUCGGUAGAUAAUUACAUCUUCUUCCAAUCUUAUAUUCAAAGGAAAGGUAUAAUUCAGUUCCUCUAUUACAAAACACUAGCCUAAUAGUGGUCACUCCGUCGACCCUAAAGAUGACUACUUAUGAAGCAUGCACCAUCUCAUCUACGUCUACUACUAGUCGCUGUGCGACUGCCUGCGAGGGUUCUAGUAUGAGCCCCAAGGCAUAACGGAACGAGCAUGUUCCGUAACCUGAUCGGUGAGCGGCCAUCUGUCAUACUUACCAUUCUUGAUCACAACCGACAGGACAACGGGCCCGUGGCUCAAUGGUAGAGUGUCAAACUCCAUGACACAAGAUCCCGGGUUCGAAUAUCAAGUUAUCCACACGUGGGGUCGGGUACGACUGGCUGCUGACGGCUAAUAAGCCAGAAAUGGCCAUUUCGGUCUCCCUUGUCUUUGUCGAAACCAUCUCAUAUAUAUAUAUAUAUGCAGAGAUUAUAUUACCGACAAAGACAAGGGAGACUGGAAUGGCCAUUACUGGCUUAUUAACCGUCGUCAGCCAGUCACCCAACCCCGAAGUGUGACACACCCGAGGCUCGAACUCGCGACCUGUCAGUUAGAAGUCCACGCUCCUAACCGCUUGGCUACGUGGCCGUUGCCCUGUCGGUUUUCGAUCGGGAAUAUACAAUGGGAGGGGGGACGCUCACCGAUCGUUCCGUUGUGCCUUACGGGCUCUCUCUCUCGAGCCCAAAUGGCUGACGCCGGCUAGUAAGCCAGAAAUGGCCAUUCCCAGUCUCCCUUGUCUUUGUCGGUAAUGCCAUUCUGCCUUUGUCAUGGUCCGCUGUGCGGCUGCUGGUUGGGCUCGAGGGCGAGAGCUCCUAAGGCACAAUGGGACGAGUGAGUUCCAUAGAAAAACGAUCGGUGAGUGCCCCCUCUACCAGGACAAGAUUUUAUUGGAGUGUUCAGGGUUCGUGCGAGUCCAUAAGCACUGCCGUUCAUGCCUGUUACACGAUAUAGACGUUGAAUGCACGACACACCAGUUACUGCGCCCACUUCAUUCACUCGUCUUUUGACAGACUUUGACAUUUUAUAGUUGCAUGAGAAAGAGAAGAGAAAAUGAGGCCGACAGGAAACAUAUACGAAUUCCCCGCUACAACAAAAUUGACGCGUUUCAACCCAUUAUGACACGUUAAGGGGUGUGACUUGAAAUGAGGUCAACUGACGCGAUAAGUCGGUUCUUCUUAGGACUGAGAAUCAGGCUGAAAUAGUUUCUUCCUAAUGUGGCCUUUACGGCGCUGGCACCGAUUAUAAGUAUGCGUCGUCCUUACAGUAGCCUGGAACAUGUCUUGGGAACCAGGUUGUGUGUGGCCCGCGUAGGUGAGCCGUUUGUCUUUGCCACUCUCUGCGGCUGUAUCCCUGUCCGAUCGUCUUGACAAUGCCUUGCCACUGGGGCAGGAUUGAUGGGGAGGCGUUAGUGUUGUAGGGGCUGAACAAGUCUGUCUCACUAUCAGCCAAUUACCUGAAAGUACAGUAGAAAUAUCAACAAGGAUAAGGGAGACCGGAAUGGCCAUUUCUGGCCUAUUUGCAUCAUCAUCACCAUCAAAGUGGGAUUUCGUCGAGUUCAGAUACCAAGUUGGCCCUCAUAGCCGCUGUCCAGCGUGCUAUCCGUUAGCACUGAGGCUAUUAGAGGCCUCUAGGUUCUGGGCAAGUUGGUCAAACUUGCCGAAGACCAAUUUCGUUAGUCUUCACGGCCACUCAGAAUGAACCCGCUCUGAACUACUAACUACUUUAAUAGUAGGCCCCCAUUUGCUUUCAGUAAUUGUAUCGGGUCCGUUAUUCAUUCAGUAGCGGACAAGGCAAGUCAGACUUCAUGCAGUUCCAGUAUACGAAACUAUGCAUUAUUUAGUGCUUUGGCGGGUCAAUGCACAGUCCAGAAUUUCUUUGUAACGAACGUAUUACUCUACGCCUAGUCGGGUAUCCACAACUGGCUUAAGCCUAGUAACUUGCGCUAGUACCUUGCGUGUCAGAGUGUCUUAUUAUAGCAAACUGGUCAAAUUUCUGACUGAUCGAAAAGUUUUCUUGACAAUGACUAGGAAGCCUCGAGUGGACGCUUCUGCUAACAGUCAGUCAUACACAUCUAUAUGCCCGAAGGCAUGACGCGAUCGGUCCGUAUUUCGCCCUAAUUUCAGGACGCGUCGAUGGUCACCACUAUGUCACGAAAUUACAUGUUUGUGGUUGCGACCAACUAAGUGUUGGCCUGGCCGUUCUGGUGAUAUGAGCGAUUAACUCAACAUGCGCGAUUGCUCACGUAACCCCAGUUCAAACCUCGGGAUGUGAUUGGCUGAUGACGCCACUGUUAACACUCCUAGAUUACUGACUGUUUGUGGCCACUGACACUGAGAUUUCGUGAUCAGGAUGCAUCGGGAGCGUAACUGUCUCGUGUUAAAACUAUCGAUACUCUCUGACAAAACAUACUCCAGGCACUUUGGAAGGCCUAACAGCGUGCAAAACUCAAGCCGUGUCUUUUAAAGAAGGAAUUUGCUCUUUUUCCUAGGAGGCAAAAAUAUCCUGUGUUGAAUAACAUUAGCAACAAACACAAGAGAGACUGGAAUGGCCAUUUCUGACUUAUUUAGCCGUCGUCAGCCAGUCAUACCAAACUGGACGGGGGAGUUCCGCAACACGAUCGACAAGCGCCAAUUAACCAUUGUAUAGUCCCAGUCACAACCGACAGGACAACGAGCCCGUGACUCAGUGGUUACCGGGCGUUUGACUUCUAAACAACAGGUUGCGGGAUCGAAUUCCAGAUGCCCCACACCCCGCGGCUGGGUGUGACUGGCUGACGACGGCUAAUAAGCGAUAAAUGGCCAUUCUAGUCUUCCCUCUCUUUGUCGGAAAUAACAUUCUGCCUAUAUCAUGCACCGCCGUGCGGCUGCUGGUUGGGUUCGAGAGAGAGAGUCCGUAAGGCACAACGGGACGAGCGAGUUCCGUAACACGAUCGGCGAGCGCCCAUCUACCAAAUCCUGGGUUCUGUUAAGUCUCAACCACCAAGACGAUAUAAAAGGCCAUAGCAUGAUAAUAAUUCAUGCAGUUAUUGUCGAGCUCAUUUAGAGAAAUGCUGGAAUUGAACGUGGAACGAAAAACGACGGGAAUGUAUGCAAAGCUUCUAAGCAUCGGUAGAUUAUUAGAGUUUUCUCAGAUGCAUAGUUCAGAAUUUUUUCCACGUUUUCUUCGAGAACGUACUCCUAAGGCAAGACCGGUUUUGACCUUAUCUUCCAAGUUUUAACCACCAUCUGUCCUGCCCUCAUUAAGGUCUCUGGCUGAAUCCCUUACCUCUGCAUUCUCCUGAUUUUCAGAGCUCAAUGGAAAAAAUGUUUAAAAGCAUUUUAAAAAACGAGGGCUUUGCCGGACUCUACCGUGGCAUCGGUCCGAAUAUGCUAAAAGUCAUCCCCGCAGUCAGCAUAUCCUAUGCAUGCUACGAGCAAUGUCGUGGUCUGUUUGGCAUUUAA